UCUCACUAAAUUCUUGUGCAUCUCAAUUCCACCACACUUAUCAAAUCAUAUGCCACUUCCUUACCUGCUAAUUUCUCAAUUCUAUGGCAGCUGCAAUUCGCUCGACCGGACAAAUCCCUCUACCGUCCAUUCGAAACACCUGCUCUUCUACACGGCAUUGUUGGCCAUCAAUGAGUAUGAAUGGCUGCUAUGGAGGUAGUACUGCCACCGACAAGUCGGCGGUGGGUGUCUGCGAGACGCGGACUUUGGCAUCAGUGUCGGAGUCGGAGCAUGCGGUGCCACAGCUUAAAUUAGCGGUAGCAGCGUUGGAGGCCCAGCCACCAGAGUCCACCUCUGGCAUUAUCCGUCUCCAGGUGCCAAUUCGUCAGCGGAGGGAUGCCCUGGAGUGGCUACAAGCACAACAUCAAGCCUCCUCAAGCCCUUGUUGUUUCUUCUCCUCCAGGACGCUCAAUCAGACUUCGACAAUCCUCCCUUUGGUCACUAGCAAAGGAGUAGUGAGGCUGCUGAAAGAUGAUGAUGAUGUGAAUCAAGCAUUAGUUAGCAUAGCUGGUGUUGGCUCUGCAGUCUUCUUCCGAGGCUUUGAUUCCUUUGCCUUACAUGACUGGCAAUCCAUUAGAAGAUUCCUUUCUGAGGAUUGUCCUUUUAUUCGUGCCUAUGGUGCCAUGCGUUUUGAGGGAAGAACUAUAAUUGCCCCUGAAUGGAAGGGUUUUGGUUCCUUUUUCUUCAUUGUCCCUCAGGUCGAAUUCAACGAGCUUCAAGAAAGUUCAAUGCUUGCUUUGACUAUUGCAUGGGAUAACAACCUUCUAUGGACAUGGCAAAGUGCCAUAAAUGAGCUUAAAGAUACACUUGGACAGAUCUCCCCUUGUUUAGGUCGACUGAGGAAGUUAGACACAAAAUCAGUUGUUCUCAACUUUCAGCAUUUUCCAUCCAAAGGAUCUUGGGAUAUAUCUGUUAAAAGAGCUCUUGAGAUAAUAAAUGGAACAGAAGAAGAACUGGUGAAGGUUGUACUUGCACGAUGCAGUAAAUAUAUAACUGAUACUACAACAGAUCCUUUAGUUCUGUUAGCUAGUUUAAAGGUUGAAAGCCAAAACUGUUUCCAGUUCUAUUUACAGCCACCAGAUUCGCCAGCAUUCAUUGGAAAUACACCAGAGCAGUUGUUCCAUCGGAAAUGCUUACAUGUUACAAGUGAGGCUUUAGCUGGAACACGCGCAAGGGGUAUAACUAAGAAAGAGGAUCUGCAGAUCGGUCAAGAGUUACUUUGCAGCCCUAAAGAUAAUAUUGAGUUUGUUAUAGUACGAGAGAGCAUUAGAGGAAAAUUAGAGGUUAUUUGUGAUGAUGUAAUAAUUCAGCCAUGUAAAGCACUUCGAAAGCUUCCUAGAGUCCAACAUUUAUCAGCUCAAUUAUCGGGGAGGCUAAGGGAUAAAUUUUGUGAGUUCGAUAUUCUGUCAUCCCUUCACCCAAGCCCAGCUGUUUGUGGACUGCCUAUGGAAGAUGCUCAGCGAUUUAUAAAUGAAAAUGAAACUUUUGAUCGAGGAAUGUAUGCUGGUCCUGUUGGUUGGUUUGGAGGAAGGGAAAGUGAAUUUGCUGUUGGGAUCAGAUCAGCUUUAGUGGUAAAUGGAGUUGGAAUGUUAGUUUAUGCUGGUGCUGGAAUAGUAGAGGGGACAAAUCCUUCCUCGGAGUGGGAGGAGUUGGAUCUGAAGGAAUCCCAGGUUCAAACAUGCGCUCCUCCCAGUAUUUUCUGUCACUUUCUUGUGUGGAUAUGUUAUUCCUUCUCUUUUCCGCUACCCCUUUCAGUUCACAAAGUUGCUUCAGUAUGAAGACACAGUUGCGUGCUUUUAAGAAUUAAAGAGGACAAGCACGUGUUCACUGAAAAUGGGUAAAGGCAUGCGAAUUGAUAUUGGCUAAUAUUAAUUGGUCGGCGGGCGACCCCAUUCAUCUGAAAUAGUUAGGAAUGGGGAUUCAUUCGGCAUGCUCGGGCAAAGAGAUGAGGAGUAUCUUCAAUGACAGUUCAAAUCCAAUGUUUGUCAGGUGCAAUCGUAGUAGCAUCUGUUUCAUUUCUUUUAUGAUAGUAUUAGGAAAUUGAAAUACAUACGAGAUGAGUAUGCAUAAUUAUAUCAACAUUUUAUCUGCAGUGUGAUGAUUAAUUUGACCUCUUGCA